AUGGCUGAGCUCGAUGACGAGGAGGUUGCGGCUCCCGAGGCUGAGCCAGAGGAGGAGGUGACAGACCUGAUGGGAGCCGUGCGCGGCGUGCUGAAGAAGUCCCUGAUGGUGGACGGUGUCAUCCGCGGCCUCCAUGAGGUUGCCAAGCACGUUGAGGCCUGCAAGGCCCAGGUGGUGUUCAUGGCCGAGUCCUGCAACGAAGCAACCUACAAAAAGCUGAUCCAGGGGCUUUGUGUGGAGAAGAACGUGCCUGUGAUUGAUGUUCCAGACAACAAGAGCCUCGGCGAGUGGGCAGGCCUUUGCAAGAUCGACAAGGAUGGCAUGCCCAGAAAGGUUGUUGGUGCCAGCUGCGUUGCUGUGGUGGACUUUGGAGAGGAGGGCGAGGCCUACAACUACAUGAUGAAGCACCUCGGUAAGUGA